GCGUAAUGUUUUCAAGGUUCAUCUACAUUGGAGAGUGGGUCAGGGCUUCAUUCCUUUUUAUGGCUGAAUAAUAUUUCCCUGUAUGGACAGACUCCCUUUUGUGUAUCCAUUGAUCAGUGGAUGGACAUUUGACUUGUUUGCCUGUUCAUGGUGCUCUUGGGAAUGAGUGAAUGAAUGAGGGAAUGAAUAGCAUAAACAGAGCUGUCCAAGGUCACAGAGCUGGUAAGAUGUGGAGCCAGGAUUGGAAGCCAGGCCAUUAGUCCCCUAGAGUCUAUGUUCUAAGCAGCAGGCUUUACCUGUGAAUCUCCUCUUUUUACAGAUGGAGAUGACCGUAUCACUCGGAUUCCCAGCAAGAAAGCAAUGGCAUACUCAAGUGGGGUAACUAAUGAUGGGGGCAUUUACAAAGCUGUAGGCAGAGUUAAGAAAAAGCAAUAGGGGAUAGUGAGCUGCCUAGGGCUGGCAAGAGUGGGGAGCCCUUAACACUCCCAGGACUAAAGGAGGGUGUGGUGGCCAGAAGCCCCGCCUAUAUGCAACUGAGAAGGGUGGGGCCAGGGAGUCCUGUCCAUCCUCACUGCUCUCCGCUUUCCUGAACUGGAAGCCAGAGGGUGAGGGGGAGCCCUGAUGCAGUUUGGAUGGGUGGGAAAGUACAAUUCACUCAGACUGAAAAAGUAAAAAUCUACUCAGCCACUUAGCAGGCUAGAGUAACAGAAAUGGAUCAUGCCAGCUGCAAAAAUAACAGGGGACACUAUUUCUCUGUAGCUGUAAAGUAAUGAUACAACCCUGCAUCUUUAAGCGACUGCUGAAACACUGUCCUUUAAAAUCACAGACCUGCAGAAACUUUGCUGUUUGAGAUUACAUGACUAAGACUGAAGUAUUCCAAUUUUGCCUGGAGGACCUAAGUCAUCUUGACAAAGAGAAGCAGCCUCAACUUACAACUCAGGAGCAGAGCUGCAGAUAAAGAGUUUCUGGACACAUUUGACAUAUAUCUUAGCUAUGUUGCUUUUAAGGAAACAGGGCCCUGGGACCCCUUUGCAAUCCAGAUUUGAAGACGACUGCUUUGUACAAACCUGCUCUGUCUGGAGUCUUUCAAAACAUGACUUCAUUUAGAUUUUAUCUAAAUUCCACUUUCCUGGGACUCCUUUGAUACAUUGCUGUAUUCCUUUGGUGAUAUGCUGUGGCUCUUCGGGUGGGUGGUGUCCCUCGCUGAAUAGGUUAACAAACCUAACUCUGUUGGACUGCCACUGUGUUCCUGGUCCUCUUGGGCUGACUGGUCUAGGUCAUGGGUUGACCUUCGGGGGAGUAGGGCAGGAUGGAGAGUAACUCAGAGGGUCAGGCAUGAAAGAGCUAGCAGAAAAAUAAAGCCCCUCCACCCCCACCACCCUCACCCUUGCAAAUCUGAUUUCCUCCACCAACUGCAGACCAGACCAGGCAGUGGAAGAAGAGAGGGAGACCUUCCUUUACCCAGAGCUCCUAUACAUCAGGGGCUGAAUAAAGGGUUGUAGAAAUGAAUGAAUCAAUCUCUGAGUGGGCCUUGAGGCAAUGGAAAGAUCUCAGCCCUUUUCUGAGGCAGAGUGAAAGCUCCGGGUCUUGUGACAUUGGCAGGGCUGUCCCUUUCUCCCAACAGAAAUGAGCCCAAAAAAAGCAAAAGGAAAGGGGGGAAAGGGAGAAUUCUAAAAAUGCCCAUCCUCUGAACACCGUCUUUGUGUAGGCAUCUGGGGGAGGCCAGCUGGGGCGAGGUCAUCUGCCAGCCUAGCCCGUAGGACUUGGCCCUUCUUGUUUAUUGCAGCCACAUCUGGGGCAACUGCCAGGGCCCGCCCUUACUCUGCAGUCAUUGGAGGAACUCAAAGUUAAAGGCUCCUACUAAAAAUCAGUAGGUUUCAUUUUGCAGUUACUGGGAGGGGGCUUGCUGUGGCCCCAUCUGGGAUAGCUGAGCCCUGGUCCAGCCCCGCGCAGGGAGGGAGCCUGUCACCAUGCCGGCCUGCUGCAGCUGCAGUGAUGUUUUCCAGUAUGAGACCAACAAAGUCACCCGGAUCCAGAGUAUGAACUACGGCACCCUUAAGUGGUUCUUCCACGUGAUCGUCUUUUCCUAUGUUAGCUUUGCUCUGGUGAGUGACAAGCUGUAUCAGCGGAAAGAGUCUGUCAUCAGUUCUGUGCACACCAAGGUGAAAGGGAUAGCAGAAGUGAAAGAGGAGAUAGUGGAGAACGGAGUCAAGAAGCUGGUGCACCACGUCUUUGACACCGCAGACUACACCUUCCCUUUGCAGGGGAAUUCUUUCUUCGUGAUGACAAACUUUCUCAAAACAGAAGGCCAGGAGCAGCAGUUGUGUCCUGAGUAUCCCACCCGCAGGACACUCUGUUCCUCUGACCGGGGUUGUAAAAAGGGAUGGAUGGACCCACAGAGCAAAGGAAUUCAGACCGGAAGGUGUGUAGUGUAUAAAGGGAACCAGAAGACCUGUGAAGUCUCUGCCUGGUGCCCCAUUGAGGCCGUGGAAGACGCCCCCCGCCCUGCACUCUUGAACAGUGCCGAAAACUUCACUGUGCUCAUCAAGAAUAAUAUCGACUUCCCCGGCCACAACUAUACCACGAGAAACAUCUUGCCAGGUUUAAACAUCACUUGUACCUUCCACAAGACUCAGAAUCCACAGUGUCCCAUUUUCCGACUAGGAGACGUCUUCCGAGAAACGGGAGAUAAUUUUUCAGAAGUGGCUAUUCAGGGCGGAAUAAUGGGCAUUGAGAUCUACUGGGACUGCAACCUAGACCGCUGGUUCCAUCACUGCCGUCCCAAAUACAGCUUCCGUCGCCUUGACGACAAGACCACCAACGUGUCCUUGUACCCUGGCUACAACUUCAGAUAUGCCAAAUACUACAAGGAAAACAAUGUUGAGAAACGGACCCUGAUAAAAGUCUUCGGGAUCCGUUUUGACAUCCUGGUUUUUGGCACCGGAGGAAAAUUUGACAUUAUCCAGCUGGUUGUGUACAUCGGCUCAACCCUCUCCUACUUCGGUCUGGCCACUGUGUUCAUUGACUUUCUCAUCAACACUUACUCCAGUAACUGCUGUCGCUCCCAUAUCUAUCCCUGGUGCAAGUGCUGUCGGCCCUGCGUGGUUAAUGAAUACUACUACAGGAAGAAGUGCGAGUCCAUCGUGGAGCCAAAGUCGACAUUAAAGUAUGUGUCCUUUGUGGAUGAAUCCCACAUUAGGAUGGUGAACCAGCAGCUACUAGGGAGAAGACUGCAAAAUGUCAAGGGCCAGGAAGUCCCAAGACCUCCGGUGGACUUCACAGACUUGUCCAAGCUGCCCCUGGCCCUCCAUGACCCACCCCCUACUCCUGGACAACCAGAGGAGAUGCAGCUGCUUAGAGAGGAGACAACUCCUAGACCCAGGGACAGCCCAGUCUGGUGCCAGUGUGGAAGCUGCCUCCCAUCCCAACUUCCAGAGAGCCACAGGUGCCUGGAGGAGCUCUGCUGCCGGAAAAAGCCGGGGGCCUGCAUCACCACCUCAGAGCUGUUCAGGAAGCUGGUCCUGUCUAGGCACAUCCUGCAGUUCCUCCUGCUCUACCAGGACCCCUUGCUGGCACUGGAUGUGGACUCCACCAACAGCCAGCUGCGCCACUGUGCCUAUAGGUGCUAUGCCACCUGGCGCUUCGGCUCCCAGGACAUGGCUGACUUUGCCAUCCUGCCCAGCUGCUGCCGCUGGAGGAUCCGGAGAGAGUUUCCCAAGAGUCAAGGGCAGUACAGUGGCUUCAAAAGUCCGUACUGAAGCCAGAUGUGUGGCUCACGCCUGUAAUCCCAGCACUUUGGGAGGCCAAGGCAGGCAGAUCACCUGAGGUCAGGAGUUGGAGACCAGCCUGGUUAACAAGGCAAAAUCCCAUCUGUACUAAAAAUACAAAAAUUAGCCAGGGAUAGUGGCAUGUACCUAUAAUCCCAGCUACUCGGGAGGCUGAGGCACGAGAAUCACUUGAAUCCUGGAGGCGGAGAUUUCAGUGAGCCAAGAUUGCGCCACUGCACUCCAGCCUGGGAAACACAGCAAACUCCGUCUCAAAAAAUAAAAAUAAAGUCCUUACUGAUAGCAGGGUGCUGUGGUAGCCACAUUAACAUGACCUUUGCUAGCAUCUUGAACUUCACCUGCAAAGCUCUGUGGGCACAUUUUCACCCAAAGGGAAAUGUGCUUUUCAUCUUCUAUAGCACUCUGUGUCUGAGAGCAAAGUAACCUGGUUAAACAAACCAGAAUCCCUCUGCCUGGACAGAGAGCAGAGAGAUUCAGAUGUAAGUCUCAACGCUGUCCCUAGGAAGCUGUGUGUGACCCUAGGCCUCUCGCCUCUGCCUCUGCUUCCCCAUUGCCCAACUACUAUGUCAGAGAUACUGUGAGGAUAAAUUAGGUGUACAUAAACUGUCUUGUUAAUGUGUAAAGAGCUAUGUGAAUGCAAAACAUUUCAUUAUGCGGUCAGACUAGGAUAAUGGCCAACUAAAAACAAAGCUUUUUGGUUCUGGUUGGAGAAUGUGGAGGACUAAAGGUGGCCACAAACACUUUGAUACUCAAAUCCCCCAAGACCUAAGGGUCUUAUCUCCUCCCCUUGAGUAUGGGUGGCUCUGAUUGUUUUAUCCAAAAGUGAAAGCUGUGUUGCAUCAGUUUCAGAUCUCGGUCUUAAGAGAUUGACAGCUGCUACUUCCUGUCCCUUGGAACUCUUGCGACCAGGGAAGCCAGACUCCAUUUAAAAGUCUGUCUAUCCUGGCCGGGCAUGGUGGCUCAUGCCUAUAAUCCCAGCACUUUGGGAGGCUGAGGAGGGCUGAUCACAUAAGGUCAGGAGUCUGAGACCCAACUCACCAACAUGGUGAAACCACAGCUCUACUGAAAAUAUGAAAAUUAGCUGGACACGGUGGUAGGUACCUGUAGCCCUAGCUAUCAACAGGCUGCGACGGGAGAAAUGCUUGAACCUGGGAGGUAGAGGUUACAUUGAGCUGAGAUCAUGCCACUGCACUCCAGGCUGGGUGACAGAGCAAGACUCCAUCUCAAAAAAAAAAAAUGUCUGCCUAUCCUGAGACCGCCCUGCUAUGAGGAAGCCCAAGCAGCCAUGUGGAAAGUGCCUGACCAGCCCCAGCUUUCAAGCCAUCCAAGCUUGGUCACCAAACAUAAGAGAGAAGUCUUCAGGUGAUUCUGGACCCUACUAACAUGUGACUGAUACUGCAUGAUACAUCCCAAGUAACAACUUCCCCAUAAAUGCAGAAAAUCAAAAUGCUAUCUUAAGUCACUAAGUUUCGGGCUUGUUUGUUCCACAGCAAGAUAACUGGAACAGAGAGCUAGCCUGACGAAUGCGCACACAGACUCAGCCCAUACCUUCCCUGGUUCUAAUGUUCUUAGGGAGCCCAGGUCAACCCUGGAACCCUCAGGAACUUCGGUUUCCACUGGACAGUUCGAGACAGGCUAUAGCCCAAAUCAGUUAACUCACCAGACCAGCCCUGGAAUCCAUCAAAUCUAAUGCUGAGCUACCCAAUGCAGUCCAAUCCUCAUCACAAUUCUAUGACUGAAGACCAGGCACUGUGGCUCACGCCUGUCAUCUCAGGACUUUGGAAGGCUAAGGUGGGUGGAUCAUGAGGUCAAGAGUUCAAGACCAGCCUGGCCAACAUGGUGAAACCCCAUCUCUAUGAAGAAUACAAAAAUUAGCUGGGCAUGGUGGUGGGUGCCUGUAAUCCCAGCUACUCGGGAGGCUGAGGCAGGAGAAUCACUUGAACCUGGGAGGUUGAGGUUGCAGUGAACUGAGAUCAUGCCACUGCACUCUAGCCUGGAUGACAGAGCAAGGCUCUGUCUCAAAAAAAAAAAAACAAAAAAAAACAAAAAACGGCCGGGCGUGGUGGCUCAAGCCUGUAAUCCCAGCACUUUGGGAGGCCAAGGCGGGUGGAUCACGAGGUCGAGAGAUCGAGACCAUCCUGGUCAACAUGGUGAAACCCCGUCUCCACUAAAAAUACAAAAAAUUAGCUGGGCAUGGUGGCGCAUGCCUGUAAUCCCAGCUACUCAGGAGGCUGAGGCAGGAGAAUUGCCUGAACCCAGGAGGCAGAGGUUGCGGUGAGCCGAGAUCGCGCCAUUGCACUCCAGCCUGGGUAAUAAGAGCGAAACUCCGUCUCAAAAAAAAAACAAAA